GCCAUCACGCUCCGGUCGGCGCUCCGCAGGGCGUGCGCCGGAACAGUGGACUCUGUAGGUAACCGCCUGCCGCGCUCCGCCGCAGAAGUGGGGUGGAUUCCGGAGACCGAAGCGUAGCGUCGUGGGAGCCCUCCAGGCGAGUCGAGUCGAGUCACCCGGCCUCGGGGUUUUAGGGGCGAAGGGAUCAAUCACCCCCAACCUUCCUCAGGCUGGGCGGCAUGGACUCAGUAUUAAUUGAUCUCGAAAGCAAUGACAAGUCAAGGUCUCCGGUGGAGAGGACACCACGGCCGCGCCGCGUCGGCCUUGCGUGCCCCAAGUAGCCAGGCUGUGAGCGUCUGGGGAGAGGCAGCCCAGCGGGAUGGAAAGCAAUAGGGACGCCAGUAAAGGACAGCGUUUAUUCGCGCUGUUGGGCACCUUAUAGGUUAAAUCUUCAAAGCACUCCUGUGACCAAAGCCACAUAAUGUCAGUAGUUCGUUCAUCUGUCCAUGCCAAAUGGGUCGUGGGGAAGGUGAUUGGGACAGCAAUGCAAAAAACUGCUAAAGUGAGAGUGACCAGACUUGUUCUGGAUCCCUAUUUAUUAAAGUAUUUUAAUAAGCGAAAAACCUACUUUGCCCACGAUGCUCUCCAGCAGUGCACCAUUGGAGAUAUUGUGCUUCUCAGAGCUCUACCUGUCGCGAAAACAAAGCACGUGAAGCAUGAACUGGCUGAGAUAAUUUUCAAAGUUGGACAAGUCAUAGAUCCAGUGACCGGAAAGCGCUGUGCAGGAACCACCUACCUGGAGAGUCCAGUCAGUCUGGAAACCACCCACCUAAGCAAAAACCUGGAAGAACUCGAUCUCUCUUCAACACAGUGAAGGAGGAUUGGAAAACGGAGCCAAAAGGGAAGGAUUUCUAAGUUUGCUUUAUGAAAAAAUUUUUAUAAGUUUCCUCACAAACCGUCCAGUUUCUCUUCUGAUAUUUAUGAACUAGCUAAAAGUAAAGAAGUAAAGGCCUUGUUAUAAUUUUUCAUAAAGGUUUACAGUCAUGUUUCAAAUUUCCUUCUCAGCGAACAUACUUUCCUGUUACACUAAGUGUGCCUAGCAGUGCGCUGCAUUGUUUUGUAAGCUCACUGUUUUAGAAGGUGGUUUUUUGUUUUUGUUUUCAUUCAAAGGAAUCUGGAAUUUAUCUUAGAACUUUUAUUUUGGGAGAAGAAAACCUUUUGAUAUCAUAAACAGAUAAGACCACAUUAAGU